UUUAGGAUUAGACAGAAGAAGAAGAAAAUGGUUUCAACCUGGACCUCAUCGUACAUCUCACUUCCAUGAAACACCUGCGACUCUUCAGAAGCCUACUGGCAUUUCACUUCCUUCCCAGGCGGAACACUGCUUGGUGUUUCUUACUGUUUUGUUCUUCAUGCCAAGCUCUACUCCUGGAAGUGAAAAUGUGGUGCCUCGAGAGUCGCUGAUUGCCACAGCAGUGAAGUUUCUACAGAAUUCCCGGGUCCGCCAGAGCCCACUUGCAACCAGGAGAGCAUUCCUUAAGAAGAAAGGGCUGACAGAUGAAGAGGUUGACUUGGCUUUCCAGCAGUCUGGCACGGCUGCCGAUGAGCCUUCGUCCUUGGGGCCAGCCACACAGGUGGUUCCUGUCCAGCCCCCUCAUCUCAUUUCUCAGCCGUACAGCCCUGUGGGGUCCCGAUGGCGGGAUUAUGGUGCCUUGGCUAUCAUCAUGGCGGGAAUUGCGUUUGGCUUUCACCAGCUCUACAAGAAAUACCUGCUCCCCCUCAUCAUGGGUGGCCGAGAGGACAGGAAGCAACUGGAGAGGAUGGAGGCGAGUCUCUCGGAGUUGAGCGGCAGCGUGGCACAGACAGUGACCCAGUUACAGAUGACGUUAGCCUCUGUCCAGGAGCUGCUGAUUCAGCAGCAGCAGAAAGUCCAGGAGCUCGCCCACGAACUGGCCACAGCCAAGGCCACUACGUCUACCAACUGGAUCCUGGAGUCCCAGAAUAUCAAUGAACUCAAGUCGGAAAUUAACUCCUUGAAAGGGCUCCUUUUAAAUCGGCGGCAGUUCCCGCCGUCCCCGUCAGCCCCGAAGAUCCCUGCCUGGCAGAUCCCGGUCAAGUCUCCGUCGCCCUCCGGCCCCGCGGCCGCGAACCACCACAGCAGCAGCGACAUCUCGCCCGUGAGCAACGAGUCCGCGUCGUCCUCCCCCGUGAAGGAGGGUCACAGCCCCGAGGGCCCCGCGGCCGCCUACCACCUGCUGGGGCCCCCGGAGGAGGGGGCGGGCGCGGGGGGCGUCAAAGGGCGGGUGCGGAUGGAGGUGCAGGGCGAGGAGGAGCAGGGGGAGGACGAGGAGGACGAGGAGGACGAGGGCGGGAGCCGCGGGGGCGGGGAGGACGGCCUGGGCGCGCAGAGGGAGGACCGGCGGGGCGGGGACGGGCAGAUCACCGAGCAGGUGGAGAAGCUGCGGCGGCCCGAGGGCGCCAGCAACGAGAACGACAGGGACUAGGCCCCGGGCGGGGGCGCCGCGCUGGCGCAGCCUGGCUGGGGCCCGGGCCCUGCCCGCAGGCUGUGUUUCUGCCCACCUGGCCGUCUGUCCUGGGUGCCAGCCCCAGCCACCACUUCCUCCGCUCAGCCCCAGACAGGCCUUUGACCUGGUUCUCCUGUGGGGCCGAGGGUGCAGACUGUCGGCUCAAGGCUCCCUUGACCCCGACUCCCAGCCAGACGGCUGGUCCAGGGUGCGUGCCGAGCCUCCGAGCUGACCAGACACCGCGCAUGACAAGAGGACGCCUGGUUGCCUGGCCCCUGACCCUCCGUGCGGCCACCGUCCCUCCGCUCCUUCGUGGCUCCUCUUGCCAGGAGCCAACGGGGCUGUCUUGCCGCGGUCCCAGAAGCCACAGCCCUGCCCUCCUCCCUCUCACCAGGGCCUCCCAGGGUCCCCCAGCCAGGCCCGACCGUGCACCUGUCCCGGCCCCACUGUCUCCCCUAACAAAUGAAAUCACACAGCGUUUCCGGCCAUCUUCGCUUGCUGCCUUGGGACUCAGCUGUGCCCCUGGUGAGACGAGGUUCUCGCCCCGUGGAGCGUCAGGCGUCCGGGCCUUCCUGUCUGUCCUUCCCGCCCGGAAACACAUGUUCAUUUGUGUGAUCAGGUAUAGGUUUCAGAAUAUAAGAUACGACUGUAUAUAAUUGUAAUAAAUACGAGUUGUCACUAUUUAA